GAUAGGUUGUGGACUCUCCUUCCGCGGGAACCUACUCCACAUACCAGAACCUCUGACGCUCAAACUGUAUCAACAGUGCCAUGCUGCAUUCGAGUCUGAAUGAUCUACGUCUAACUCGUACAUGUUCGACCGUCAGGAUCGUCCCUUGGAGCUCGGAGCCCCUCCAUCCCGUUCAACAGCUUCCAUCAAAGCAUAGUCUUGACACACUAUAGGAAUAGCAGUAUUCUUGCGUUCCCAUCUCUGUUAUGCGCCUUAUCUCUGGUUUCAACUUUCUUGUCCUCCUUCUCGUACCCAUGGCAUUCUAUCAACAGUCUUCUCUAUCCGUCACACGAGCUUCGCGUGAGUAAAUCCCCUCGCCAGGGCUAUGCCAUGGGUAUCUGCAAGCUAGCCGUGGUCGCCCUAUAUCAACGCGAAUGCAGCCAUGGUGCUAACCCAAGCUCCCCGAGCUCGUUCGGUACUUGUGAAACUGGUACUAUAAUGCUGUCCUCUGUUGCCGUUGCAUUUGUGUUGGCUUCCUGCGUAUUGGCCCGUCCUACAGUGACCGUUCGCAACAGUCCUAUUACUCUGUCAUUUGCAAGAAGAAUCAACGCAACAGGUAUCCAAAACCUGUUGAAGAUUGAUCAGGCUCGCGCGAAGGAGAUCAAGAAUCAGUCCAAGGCUCAACGACACAAUGCGACUUCGGCCGCGGUUUUUGGUGUCCCUGCAACCAACCAAGUGGUUGACUAUAUUCUAAGCGUCGGUGUUGGCAGUCCUCCGACUCAAUUCGACCUUCUUGUUGACACGGGAAGCUCCAACACUUGGGUGGGUGCUGGAAGAGCAUUCACUGUGACUAGUACUACGCAGACCACCGGCGACUUAGUGGAAGUAGUCUAUGGAUCUGGCUUCGUUAUCGGCGAAGAAGUUAUCGACCAAAUUACCCUCGCCCCUGGGUUCGUUAUUGAAAACCAGUCCAUCGGAGUCGCUAUUGAAGAUGCAGGGUUCGAUGGUCUUGAUGGUAUAAUUGGAAUUGGACCCACCGAUCUGACUUGCGGUACAUUAUUCCCUGACGAGACGGCAUGUAUCGCUACCGUUACAGACAAUGCCUUUGCACAGGGCCUCAUCGACGCCCACGAAGUCGGCAUCUCGUUUGAGCCCACCAACACCCUUGAAUCUACGAAUGGUGAAAUAUCUUUUGGAGGCAUUGACACUAGGAAAUUCACUGGCGAUAUUACAUUUGUGCCAAUCACCUCCAGUUCACCUGCCAAUGAAUUCGUCGGCAUUGACCAGACAAUUACGUACGGUGCUGCUGGGACGCCUAUCUUGGACACCACCGCUGGGAUCACGGAUACUGGAACUACACUUCUCUUGAUUGCAUCUGAUGCCCUUUCUGCAUACGAGGCUGCUACUGGUGCUGUUCCCGAUAACGCUACUGGUCUUCUUCGCCUUACGCCUGCACAAUUCGCGAACCUGGAGAGUUUGUUCUUCACUAUUGGUGGGACUACUUUCGAAUUCACGGCCAAUGCACAAGCUUUCCCGCGUGCUCUCAAUACCGCUAUCGGUGGGACGAAUGACUUCGUUUACCUCAUCGUUGGCGACAUCGGUUCGCUCUCCGGUGAAGGUGUCGACUUCAUCGAUGGCAUGACUUUUUUGGAACGAUUCUACACCGUCUUUGAUUCAGCUGGCAAUCGCUUUGGCAUUGCUACCACUCCUUUCACAGAUGCGACGACCAACUAAUUCCUCCAAGAACUGCCCUAUGAACGUCGUUGCUUUUGAAGUCGUGUGACAUUCCACUGGACAUCGAUUCCUAUACUCGUGUUUGGGUUUCGGACGUAUAUAACGUUAUUUGGUCCAAGCCUACUUGUAGGAGAUGCGUUCUUUCGAUUGGUAACUUGCGAUGAUCAUCCUUGUGUGCUGAU